CGCCCUUCACUCGAAAUUACAUGUUUAAGAGGCGGGAUGCGCAGAACCAUCGAGGUACUGCACACAUGCUGCUGAUGGGCGAGAAGACGACGGGUGGGAAAUGGAGAUACGACCAAGGGGAGAAGACCCCUCUCAUGAGCCGAACUCGUCGAAAGUUCCAGGGAAAUGGCUAGUAGGUAUAAAGCGCAAAGGAGAGCCUAACUGCAGCAAUGACAUUGACCAAGUGCCUAAGAAGAAAUUCUGUGUGGAGGAUACAAAUAAGCUUUACAUAGGAAAUGCACGAGAUUUCCUAAGUCUCUCUGAAGCACCCUUUCCUUCAUUUUUUGCUGUCUUAAGAGAACAAUGUAAUGUUUUUGUGAAGGGUUUGUGUUACGAAUUUUCCCAGUUUUUUGCAGCAGUGGCAGCCAGUUGGAAACUGAUGAAACUUAAGUUUGAUCCAGAAUAUGAAUCUCUUCUCCAAACAUACACAAUGGAUUCCCUUAUUGGACAAGGAAAAUAUGGCAAAGUAUAUUCUGGGUAUCGAAGAAAAGAUAGUCUGCCGGUAGCAAUUAAAUCAGUCAAAAAAGAAGAAAUUAAGAAAUGGAUCCAGCUGCCAGGUGAGAUGGAGCUUUUGCCUCUGGAAGCUGCCCUUCUCCAGAUUGCUAGCAGUCCUCCAACAUCUCCUAGAGUGAUCUGCUUCUUGGAUAGGUUUCAAACAUCCUCUGAGUAUUUGCUUGUAAUGGAGAGACCAGAGCCCUGCAAAGACCUGUAUGAAUUUCUGCUUGAUCAAACACAAGGCAAAUUUGGAGAACCUCUUGCAAAAUACAUCUUCAGGCAAAUUGUUGAGGCAGUAAUUCACUGUCAUUCUCGGGGAAUUCUGCAUGAUGAUGUCAAGGUUAACAACAUAUUAGUGCAGACUACAACAUACCAGGUGAAACUAAUUGAUUUUGGAGUUGGUUCUAUUCUAAUGGAAGCUGAAUACAGUGACUUUGGAGGUACUUUUAUUUUUUUUUCACCCGAGCGGGUCCUCAAUAAAAAGUACAAAGCAAUUCCAACAAAUGUGUGGGCACUAGGCAUCAAUCUCUACAUUUUGGUAACUGGAGGACCACCCUUUAGAAAAGCUGAUGAGAUUAUAGAAGGCAAACUAUGUUUUCCAACUGAUACUUCUCAAGAAUGCAAGAGUUUGAUAAAUUGGUGCUUGAUGUUUAAACCAGAAGACCGUCCAAGUUUACGGGAAAUUUUGGGACACCCAUGGCUGCAGUCAACAUGUCCUGAAAUGUUGCAGGAGGAAGAAUGUGUUUCAGCAAACAUGGAGGAAGGCAGCUACAAGGUCACUACUAGCACACCAACGGCAAGACCCAUAAUUAGUGUACAGGCAGAGAUCGAAACAGUAGAGGAGCCUACCAGCAAACCAUUCGAAUGAUAAUCACAUCUAACGGUAAAGAAGUCAGCUCUGGAGGAUGCAUUGGAGAGAUCCUGAGCUGAUGGGACAACCUUUAUGAUCGACUCCAGAGGGAUAUCCAGGCAAUGUAUGACUAAAGACUGGGGCCACAGAAUCAUCAGCAACAUCAACACCACAGUGUGUGUCUUGCAGGCUACCGACAGAGUCAGCAACCCGGUUAAGGCCAGGGAUUCUUAGUGUUACUCCAGUGCCUGAUAGAUGAGUACAUGAAAGAUGGCAACGACCAAGUCGAACCUGUCGCCAGCACCAGACCUCUCUACACAUAACAGAUUCUCAACCCCCUGUCUUGGAAGUUUGCUCAUCUGCUGCUACUCCAAGAAUUGUUACUAUCAUCGGCUACUCUGUUGUUGGUAAUAUCAACACAGUUUUAAAUGAUAAGCAUCUUUGGCUCCAUUACUGUUCUCCCUUUAAAUACUACCAGCAAGUAAUAUCAGAAACUUUGCAGUUGAUUUCCACUUUUAUUCCAAUAAUAUUCAAUUUGUAUAUAUCAAUUGAGCUCAGUUCUCUAGAUGUAAUAAAUAAUAUUGAACAGUGCUUAAUUUCUAUGA